UGUUUCUCAAAUCUCUUGCCACCAGAAACGGAGAAGCAGACACAAGUCACGAGGAAGUGUUUCACAGGGACGUGCCACAUAAUGUCUCUUCUGGACCAAACACAUCACACUCCCACAAUUCACCUGAAAACUAUGCAAUGAAUGAGGGAGUGGUCCAAGUGGGGCCAUAUACAGGGUCGCCAUCUCAAGCCACCACACCUAAAGUUGCCCCCAGUCCUGCAGCAGCCAGCCGGCUAGCUCGCAGCAUCAGUGAUAGUCAGGUGGAGACACAGAGAGGUGCUUUGAGAGAGCAGCAGAUGGGAGGAGCGGUGGUCCUUGCUGAUGAUAUAAAGAGUCCUGCCAUAGAGAAACUGGAGCUGAUGAGGAAGUGGAGCAUCAACACUUACAAAUGCACUAAGCAGAUUCUGUCAGAGAAGUUAGGCCGUGGAUCCCGUACAGUUGAUCUGGAGCUGGAGGCGCAGAUCGAGGUUCUCCGUGACAACAAACGAAAGUAUGAGCAUGUUAUCAAGCUGGCGCAGACACUUUGCGCUCAGCUAGCGCAGAUGCUGCAGACGCAGAGACAGCUGGGAGACGCGUUUGCUGACCUUAGUCUCAAGACGCCUGAGCUACAUGAGGAAUUUGGCUACAAUGCUGAGACCCAAAAACUAGUGGCAAAAAAUGGAGAAACUCUGUUGGGAGCUAUCAACUUCUUUAUCGCCAACGUUAAAACUCUAGUAGAUAAAACUAUAGAAGACACCUUGAUCAACAUUAAGCAAUACGAAGCAGCAAGGAUUGAGUAUGACGCGUAUCGCACAGAUUUAGAGGAGCUCAAUCUGGGUCCCCGGGACGCCAACACGCUCCCCAAGAUCGAGCUGUCACAGCAACAGUUCCAGAUCCACCGCGAGAAAUAUGAAAAGAUGCGUAAUGAUGUCUCGGUUAAACUCAAGUUUCUGGAGGAAAACAAGGUGAAGGUUUUACACAACCAGCUGAUUCUCUUCCACAACGCCAUCGCAGCGUACUUCGCCGGCAACCAACAGCAGCUGGAACAGACCCUUAAACAGUUCCACAUCAAGCUAAAGUUACCAGGAGGAGAAACCCCGUCUUGGCUGGAGGAGCACUGAUUGAAUCGGAUCCACUCCAAACGGAAACCAAAUCCAUAAAGCAAAAAUGUCUCUCUAUCACUCCUUUCCCUUUAAGUUUCAGGACACUAAAACCUGUCAAAAAACGCAUGACAGGAAACCGUUUUGAUAAAAGAGAAAUAUUUAGCUCCUCUCUUUGUCCUUGCCGUGUCUGACUUUACACUUGAAGUUUAGUUUUUAAAUAAAUGCUUUUUCUUUUGUCUGAGAGUUUGCACGCUCUUGCGCAACAAAACAAUCUUGUUGUUUUUGAAUCAAGUUACCAGCACUUUAACGGUAGACGAAAUACAGACAAAUAAACAGGAAGCAGGAAGAAAUGAGGGGCCUUAUGAAUGUCCUGAAGACUUUUAAAGUAGUUUAAAAAUACAAAUUAAAAAAGAUUACUCCAAUUAAAAUGGUCUACUAUUGGACUAAAAAGCAGUCUACUUAAAAUCUUUUUCUAGACUUCACUGGUGUCAACUUCUCCGAACCUCUUUUUAUGUAACUGCACUGUUAUAUUCUUAUCAAAUAUAUUUACAAAAAUGUCUAUACCGCCACCUUAAAGGGCAUAUUGAUCUGAAAGGUUGGAUAUUUUAUUUCAAACUUUGAAGUUUUGUUAUGCUGCAGUUGCUGUCACGAAAAGGGCAGUAUAAUCAAGUUAUAAACUCAAUUUCUGGCUUUUUUGCUAUACAUUUUUAAAGACGACCUUUUAUAGAUCCCGUUGAAAGGGGAUGGGGCUUCAUUUCUGACUUGAUGUGCCUUGCUCUUUGUCAAUCAACAAUUUGAAUCAUUUUUAGUGUUGCCAGGAGAUACUUUCAUGACCACAGAAUGGACCAAUAAACACACAAUUGCUGUCUGGGAUAAUCACACAAUGCAUAUAUACCAGCAACUUGAAAUUAAUAAUCUGUUUUUUGUAUUUUUUUUUUUUCAUUUGUAUAUUUUUUUAAACAUCCUUACUUUCAUUCCAUUUCUUCAAUAACUAAGUCAGGAAACUAUUUUGUGUAAACCAAAUUAAUUUGGCAUGAAAUAUCAUGUCGGCUGCCUCAGCUGUUUAUAUUGGUUUGGGUUGUAUGGUUUUUCUCUGUGUAUCUCUGUAUUCUUUAUUUCUUUUUUCAAUUUAAUGAUUUAUUUAUUUUUUUUUUUGAACAUGUCAGAGGACUAAACCAAUCUAAAUCAUUCCCCUUGUAACUCUUCAACUAAGUGUAACAUCAAAUUUGAUUAACCUGGUACCAAUCAGAAGAUGGAAUAUCACACCAACCUGGAAAAAGCUUUAGAUUUGGGCAUUUAAAAGAAGAAAAGCUUCUACCAUUGCAAUAUAUACACGAGUGGAUACUAUGUCAAAAGAAAAUGAAUGUAGAAUAAAUAAUAUAAAAAUACGGAUGCCAAAUGGAAUGUUAGGUUUUUUCUUAAAUACAGAAUACUGCAGUUGUAUUCUUGGAGACGUCCGCCGUCUCGCCUCUUUUCAUCUGAUGUACAAUAACUACCUUUAGUUUCUGUGUGACUUUUCAGUUCUGUUUUAGCAGCAGACAGACAGACAGACACCAAUGUACAGUAAAUGUGUGAGAACUGACUGACAUGCAUAGUCACAUCUAUAUAUAUAUUUGUAAAAUCUUGUAUUUUACUUUGGGUAUAAAAUAACUUUGCCGUGUGCUGCUCUUUUUUUGUUGUUGUUGGUAAACGAUGGAUCAGGUGUUUAAGGGCAGACAAGAUCUUGAAUGUUGAAUCAUGGGAGAAAAUAAACUUUACAUUCUUAA